AUAUGUGCGAGAAAGAGCUUUCAAAUCUUUCUUCUUAAGUUUCUCCAUAUAAUUUGAGCUGUUGUGCUAAUCUGUUAUUUUCAGAUCAAUCAUGUUGGGCAAUCAUGUAUAACAAUUGUAAUCAAAUUUAUGUAAAUAUUACCCAUGGAUGUAAUCUAUCCUUCAGUAGCUGCAUAUCAUUACCAUCGGGCUCUUUGAAUGCUUGUAUGAUCGUAUGAUCUGCAGCAGAAACCAAUCUAAAAAAGAUGGCUGCUCUGGAAUCUAUUGGAAAUUCACUGGUUGCAGUUUGGAAAGUGUCGCGUGGCAAAUUAUUUGGAAUUGGUGCGUCGGCUUGUGUGACUUUGAUGUUCACAUGUGUUAAAUACACGAAAGUGACACCUCUCGUGGCCUUCUUCUAUCGCUGUACUGGAGCCUUUCUAGUCUUGCUCUGUAUUUCUAUCUUCAGCUGUGGAUAUGGUCUUUUCAGACAAUUAAGUAGUCACUGGAAGUUGCUUCUAUUGAGAUCUCUUUGUGAUGGGUCAGCUGCGGGAUGUUUCUACUGGAGCAUGGCUUUUUUCCCUCUCACUGAGCUGGGAUUCCUUCUUCAGACACAAGCUGUCUUCACCAUGAUUGUAGCAUUCAUUAUUUUACGAGAAAAACCGACUUUGUUCCAACUUGGAUGCGCUCUUGGUGCCAUGACAGGGGCAUUUCUAGUCAUACAGCCUCCAGUGUUUGGAUUCGCGGAGAAGAAAAUAUCAGACGAUUUAUCAGAAGAAACGGCAGACAGUUCAGGGAUUAGAUUCUAUUUUGGAGUGGCCGUGUUUCUGUCUGGUAUGAUUUCGUUCGCCUUCGGAGGCACGCUAAUGCGAAUGAUAUCGCUUUCGGGCCAAAUACAUUGGGCUGUUGCAGCAAUGUUGCAGGCAUUCGUUGGAUGUAUGUUUUCCUUGCUGGCUCUUUCUUUAUCUGGAAGCUUACAUCUUCUAUUCACUGUAUGUGCCAUCAAUGUCAAACUUGCCUUCAUCUUCAUAGUUCUAUUCUCAAUGGGACUUCAGUUUUGUUUCUUCUUCAGUCUAAAAUACGAGAAGAUCACCUUGCUACCAAUUCUGCUAACGACACAAGUAGUCUUCAUGCCCAUCGCAGACUUCGCUCUCUAUCACACAUUGCCCAAUUUCAACCCACUCCAUUACUCGGGUUUUCUACUCAUCCUACUGUCUGUGCUAUCUCUUUUUGUCGCUAAACACUUAGCUGUAACCAGUCAAGAGAGAGAUAAUAAAAAAGCAAAGAAGAGUGCAAUAGUUCUUGAAGACAUUGAAGGGAGCGAGCAUUCGAAAACGUCUACUUAAUUGGUUAAUUUGCUCUACGGGUUUAUUCCCAUGGCAGAACGAGCGAAUGGAAGAAAUUUCUCAACCAAAAAGAAGUCUUCAAACUAUCUUGAAAAAAGAUCUGAUAUAGUUGACACGCUUUCUUUCAGAUUUUCUAAUAUGAAUUCAGAUUGACUUCCUUCAUAAGGGAUUCGACUUAAAUAAAGAUUCACAAACCCCGAAAGUAUCAUAUAUAUAGUCUGUAAAUAUAUUUAGUCUGUAAAUUUAACAAAACGUCCGCAAUACUGCAGUUUCUAAAACCCAAGAAAUCAAUCUACUUGGAUAAAUGCAUUCUAUUUUAGGUCUCUAAACGUGUUUAUUCUAUUCCAAGUGAAGUAUUUUGGUUUUUAUAACUGGCAGCAGUUCAUUAAGGAAGUGCUGCCUCUAAUUAAGAUGAAAAUUUGUUUGUAAAAAGCUUCCGAAAUGUGCCUUCAAAUAGUACAUGGCAAGUUUUCUCAGUAGCCAGAUUUUGUAUCAUGGGAGAUCGGAAAUAUAAAAGGAAAGUCAUCGGAAUAUUCAUCCAUUAUGGAGCCCUUAUUCAGCCAUUCAUACAUCGUUGUACAUUCAUCCAUGUCAUCCCUCUAUUCACCCAGCCGUCUAUCUAACCAUCCAACCAACCAUUUUCGCGUCUAACCAUUCCUCGAUCCAACUAGCCAACCAUCCAUCCCAGCAGCCAUCCAUCAUUUCAGCCAUUAUUCCAACCAGCCAUAUAGCAGUUCUUUUGUUCAUCUAUCCGGCCAUCUAAGUGUCCAUCGAUUUCUCCAACCGUCUUGCCAAUAUCCAUACUGCCGUGCAUCCACCCAACCGGCCAUCCAUUAAGCCACCAUCCAUCUAGCCAUCGGCCGAUCCAUCCAACCAGCCAUCCAUCCAUUCAACCAUAGUUCAAUCCAACCAACCAUCCAUCUAUCUAGCCAUACGUCUAAAUAUUGAUCCAGCCAUUCAAACAUCUAUCCUACCUUCCAUCUAUACUGUUAACCAGCCAUCUAUUCAUCAAUAUAGCCUCCCGCCCAUCCUGUAAUCUAUCCAACGAUCCACCAAUAUCGACCAGCCAUCAAUCAUCGGGUAGUCCAUCUCUACGUUCAGCCAGUCAUACAUCCGGCCAUUCAUAAUCGAUCUAGCCAUCCAUUCAUUUAGAUAGAUACUUAUCCGCCUCGCAUUCAUCCAUCAAGCCAUGCAUCCAUCUAGCCAUCCAUCCAUCUUGCCAUCCAUCCAUUCGGUCGUCGUUCUAUCCCGCUAUUCACCAUACAGCCAGCCCUCCAUUCAUCUAGCUAUGCAGCCAGCCAUCUAGUCAUCUA